CUCUGUCCAGUUAGCAGUAGUUAGUUUGACCCACUUCAACAUUUUCAACAUUAGAGAGGGAGAGAAGGAGGGACUAGUUUGCCUUUCUUUUCCUCUCAACUUCCACACCCUUUCUGUUUCUCUCUCUUCCCUGCACUUUCUUCUUCUCUUCAAUUUCAAUUCCCAAACACUUCGAAUCUCUCUGUUCUUCUGCUGCAUCAACGCCACCACAAGGUGUAGCGAUGGAGUUUGUGGGGAAGACAGUUAAGAAAGAGGUGAAGGGGGUUGGGAUUAUUUCGGGAACAGUGAAAUCGUACGACCCUGCCUCUGGUUUUGUUGAGAUCGUUUACGAAGACGGUGAUUCUGAGGAGUUGGAGUCUUCUGAGGUGGCUUCUCUCUUGCAAUUUCAACCGGAGAGUGUCAAGGCUAAGCCUCGAGUUGGUCGGAAACCUAAGAAGCGUCGCUGCAUGGAGCGGAAGCGCGAUGCGGAAGCAGGUUCAGGUAAUGUUAGAGAGAAUUUGGAGGCGGAGGGUAGUGGUUUUAGAGGGGUUUUGGAUGGGGAUGUUUCUUCAGCUAGUGGUGGGGGUUUGGAUUUAGAUAGUGGUGUGAUAGAGAGAAAUUUGGAUGGUAUAGUUGAGAAUGGAGGGAAUCUUGAGGACAAUGUUAAUGGGACUAAGGAGGAAAAUGGGGUUAGAGAAACUCUGAUAGAGGAAGUUGCCUUAGAAGAUAGUUUGAACAAGGGUUUAUCUGGAAAUGUUAGUUGUGUUAAAGAUGGACUUGAUUUGAAUGCUAGGCUUAAUAUGGAUGAGGAUUUAAAUUUGGAUGUGAGUAAUGAAGAUGGUUUGAAGAGAAGAGAUUGCAUUGAUUUAAAUUUGGAUGUUAGUAAUGAGGAUGACGUUGACCCGGGAGGGGAGGCAAUGCAGCGGGAAUGUAACUUUGAUUUGAACGUGGAGGUAGUAUGUGAAGAAGGUAAGGAAACUCGGUGUGAUGAUGACGGAAAUGGACAUUCUGAGGUGGGUAAUGUUUUGUUUGGUAAGAUGGGGCUGUCCCAAAAGGAAGAGAUAAAUGUCAAUUAUAGUUCUGUGGAAGAUGACAGUAUUAGUGGUAAUUUGCAUCACGCCUUUGAUGCGGUUAAACCGGAGGUAAUUAAUGUUUCUGCUGAUCAUCCAUCUAAAGAAGGUUCUUUGUGUUUGGUUGAGGAGAAUGGAGGAGACAGUCACAAAGAUGACACAGGGGCUAUUAAUUCUCAUCAGAUCUCAAGUGCAAUUUCGGUUAGGGAUUCAGAUUUUGGGGAGGCUCAGCGAGUUGAUUGUCCUUCUGAAGGUGGUAUUGCCAUAAUUCAUGAAUACCAAGAUGAUCCAGGAAGUCCUUGCAAACAAGAAAAAUUCCUAGAUGUUUCAGGAAGUCCAUGCAAACAAGAAAAUAGCAGAAGGAAAAGAAGAAAGUUAUCAAAUAAUCCAGGAGCCAUGCCAGAGACAGUUUUAAGGAGGAGCUCUCGUCGAGCAUCAGCUAUAAAAGGGGUUUCAAGCACCUUAGAAGUGGAAGUGGCUGAUGAUCCUUUGGUAACCUUGGAAACUGAUGCCUUAACAGAAGAAAAACCUCUAAUCCCUGGUUCUCAGAAAUCUGAGCAAUAUAACAAUGAUCUGAGAUACAGGCAAUGCAACAAUGUUCUUCCAAAGCUGCAAUUGCCCCCGUCUUCUACAAAUUUGAAUUUAGAUGAUGUUCCUGUUCUUGAACUGUUUUCUAUUUAUGCCUGUUUAAGAUCAUUCAGUACUUUGUUAUUUUUGAGUCCAUUUGAGUUGGAGGAUCUUGUGGCUGCACUGAAGUCUGAAAUUCCAAGUAUAUUAUUUGACAGUAUUCAUGUUUCUAUUUUGCAAACUCUGAGGAAGCAUUUGGAAUACCUUUCCAAUGAGGGUUGCGAGUCUGCAUCCAAUUGUCUGAGGAAUCUUAACUGGGAUUUUUUGGACCUGGUCACGUGGCCUAUUUUCAUGGCAGAGUAUCUUCUGAUUCAUGGCUCAGGAUUUAAAACUGGUUUUGAUAUUAAACAUCUAAUGUUCAGAACUGAUUACUAUAGACAACCUGUAAUUGUGAAGGUCGAGAUUCUCCAGUACCUGUGUGAUGAUAUGAUUGAAUCAGAAGCCAUAAGGUCAGAGCUUAACAGAAGAUCUUUGGUAACGGAGACUGAUAUGGGUUUUGAUCAGAAUAUGUAUUUUGACACAUCCAAGAAAAGAAGAGCUGUAAUGGAUGUGUCUGGUGGCUCCUGCUUGACUGAGGAGAAUGUGGAUGAGACAACUGACUGGAACAGUGACGAAUGUUGCCUGUGCAAGAUGGAUGGUAGUUUAAUAUGCUGUGAUGGUUGCCCUGCUGCAUUCCACUCACGAUGUGUGGGAAUUGCCAGUGACAAACUGCCUGAAGGUGACUGGUAUUGCCCUGAGUGUGGAAUUGGCAAACACAGGGCUUGGAUGAAAUCACGAAGGUCACUUCGAGGAGCAGACCUAUUAGGGAUGGAUAUGGAUGGCAGUGUCUAUUUCAACAGCUGCGGUUACCUGUUAGUGUCAAGCUCAUCUGAAGCAGGGCCAUUGUUCUAUUACUACCACCGAAAUGAUAUACAUUUAGUAAUUGAAGCUCUAAAAUCUAUGGGUCCUUUAUAUGGAGGCAUACUAAUGGCUAUCUAUAAGCAUUGGGAUAUCAAAGCUAACUUGAGUGUGGGGAAUAGUGUCUUUAAUCAAAGUUCCGGCAAGAACAUGCAGAUGAAGGGAGAAUAUUCUACUGUGUAUACAUCUUUGGCACCUUCUACUUCAGAGACAUGUUUGGACAAUAAUCAGGCCCAUGAUCAAGGAAAGUUGGAUGAAAAUUCAACUAUUGACUGUUGUAUGCGACUUGGCCAAGAGUUUCCAAAAGUUGGGAACUGCCUAGACUCAACGAUCACCAUAGAAAGUCCUUGCGUUGUUUCAGAUGGAUCAGCUGAUACCACACAGACGAGAACGGGCACCAACAAUGUUCAGACGUGUGGGCUCAAUGAUUUCAAUAGAUGUAAUGAAUCUUUGAAUCAGCCAGGAGUACCAGAAAGACACUAUCCUGACUGUUCUUUGACAUCUUCCAGCUUGGAUGUGGGGCAUAAAAUAAACUUAAGAUCUGUAGGUGCUAGCAGUACCCCCUCCCCGGACAGUAAGGAUACUUCAGAAGCACCUUAUGGAAUUGAGUAUGUAAACUAUUAUAGUUUUGCCCGAACAGCUUCAUUUGUUGCACAGGAGUUGAUGUGUAAGUCGCCUGAAAAAAUGAAUAAGCUUUUUGCAAUGUCUGAAGAAGAAUUUAUUUCAGAUCAAACCAAGGUCAUUAUGAAGAAAUCUACUAACUUUUGUUGGCCAAGUAUUCCCGAACUGGAUGCAGCUGCUCAAAAAGAAAAAUGUGGGUGGUGCUUUACUUGCAAAGUUGCUAAUGAAGACAGGGAUUGUUUGUUUAAUUCUGUUGUGAAGCCUGUUUGGGAAGUGUCCAAUAGCACUUUGGUUGGGCUUCAACCCAGGAAUAUCCAGAAUGGACAUCUUAGAGAUAUCAUAUGUCUUAUCUUCUCUCUCGAGGUUCGGUUACGUGGGCUUUUAUUGGGUCCAUGGCUGAAUCUGCAUCAAACAAAUCUUUGGCAUAAAGAUCUUUUGAAGACAUCUGAUUUUGUUCGUGUUAAGCGAUUAUUGCUUCUUUUAGAAUCCAACUUGCGGCUUUUUGCACUUUCGGCAGAUUGGUUAAAGCAUGUGGAUUCUGUUCCUACAAUGGGGUCUGCUAUUCAUAUUGUGAUUAAUUCAUCACGCACAUCUUCCAGGCAUGGUAUUGCAAAGAAAAGGGCCAGGUAUUCAGAUACUGAAACCAGUUCAUCUUCAAACGGUGCUAGUGGUUUGGGAAUGUACUGGUGGAGAGGUGGCAGGCUUUCCCGAAAAUUGUUUAAUUUGAAGGCUUUGCCUCACUCCUUGGUUACCAAGGCUGCUAGACAAGGUGGGUGUAAGAAGAUACCAGGAAUUCUAUAUCUUGAGAACUCAGACUUUGCACGGAGAAGCAGAUCUGUUGCCUGGCGAGCAGCUGUUGAGAUGUCAACAAGUGCUGAGCAGCUUGCUUUACAGGUUAGAGAGCUUUAUUCAAACAUAAGGUGGCUUGAUAUUGAGAACAAUCAUCCUUUAUGUGUGUUGGACAAGGAAUCUAGAAAAUCAGUCAGGCUGUUCAAAAAAUCAAUUGUACGCAGGAAGUGCAUUGAAGGGCAAUCUGUGAAAUAUCUUAUUGAUUUUGGAAAGAGAAGGGCUAUUCCGGAUGUUGUUAUUAAACAUGGCUCUCUGUUGGAACAAUCCUCUAGUGAAAGAAAAAAAUAUUGGCUAGAGGAAUCUUAUGUUCCAAUGCAUCUUCUAAAGAAUUUUGAGGAAAAAAGAAUUGUUCGCAAGUCCACUGAUAAGAAACUUGGAAAAAUGCUUGAGAUUGGUAAAGUAAACAAGAAAAUUCCUCAGGAAAGGGGAUUUUCAUAUCUGUUUACUAGAUUGGAAAGAUCUGAUUGUCAUCAAUGCGGACACUGCAACAAAGAUGUUUCAAUGAGGGAUGCUGUCAGGUGUCUUCAUUGCAAAGGAUAUUUCCACAAGAGGCAUGUCAGGAAAUCAGGUAGCACAACAGCUACUGGAAGCACAUAUUCAUGUCACAGAUGUCAGGAUGGGUUGCAUGCAAAGACUAAUACCAAUAAAAGAAAAGUUGGCUCAAAAUUGCAAAAGAUUCAAGCAAAGAAACGUAAAACUGUGCCUUCAGUUUGUAAGUCACUAAACCUCAAGGGCAACAAGAAGGCAUUGAGUAAGGUACGCCAGGGAAGAUCUCGAAACAGUAAGAAUAUCCAAUCAAGUGUACCUCUUCGCCGAUCUACUAGGAAGGCCAAAUCCCUGUAUAUGCAAAGUCAAAUGAAUGGUGGACGUAAAAAAGGAAGGCCAGGUAAAAAGAACGUGGGACGUAAAAAGGGAAAGCAAAGUAAAUCCAAGAAGGUGACCAAUCCGGAGCCCAAUGAACCUACUGGUGAAUAUACGAAGUUAGCAGUAACUAGACGAGGGACGAGAACAAAAUUCUGUAGCAGUUAUUGGCUUAAUGGUCUUCAGUUGUCUCGAAAGCCAAAUGACGAGCGAGUAAUGCUAUUUAAAGAGAAGAAGACUAUUGUCUCCUCCGAAGACUUUUCUGGCUCUCUUGACUGUCUUAACUGCUGCCUUUGUUGUGGAAAUGGAUACACCUUGAAUUAUAUUGCAUGUGAAAUAUGUGGAGGUGACUACUCUUCUCAUUUGUGUUUUCUCCUUUUGGGCUCGGGGAUGAGUGUGGAAAGAGAUUGGUUUCAUGGUGAUGCUUUUGGGCUUAAUGUGGAGAAUGUCAAACAACUUAUUGGAUUUAAGUGCCAUGUUUGUCUGGAUAGAACUGCUCCAAUCUGUCCUCAUGUGAAAAUUAAUGCAUUGUCUCGUCCUGAAAGCAGUGCUGCAAAUGAGUCUGCAGAGGAAUUAUCUAAUCCUGUUUCUCUUCAACCUUUAAGCGAGGUUUGAUUAUCUGCACUGAAAAAAGUCAUGGCAGGACUUCAUUCCAGCUUCUUGUAGGGUUGUUUUUCUUUUCCUGCAGGGUCUGGUGGCAAAUGAUUAUUUUAAUAUAAAAAGAAUUGUCCUUAGACAGGUUCAGUGUAGUUUGAUCAAGCUUCUGCUCAAUUGCCUUCUAUUUCAACGAACGGUCCUGGAAAUGGAAAGAUGAAUAACGAAACAAGCAUGUAGCUCUAAAGGCUGAAGAUAAUUGUAAUCAGGACAUAGUAGAGUUCAUACAUCAAUUGCAUUCAUGAUUGUUAUUCUAACCCAUCAUCAACAUUCAUUGUAGCAUUCUUUAAUGUAGGGUCUUGUCUUCACUUGAACUGAUUUCACUAAUGUCUUGUCAAACUCUUUUAAAGAAAUGGAGUAUAUAAAUCAUAGAAGAUCUCAGUAUAGAUUGAUUAUAUUGAUCGUGGCAGAUAGUAAAUAGAAUCUUGCUCUGUAAAGAUUUUUCUGCUGGCUUUUGACUUGGUGAAAAUUGAAGCAUUGGAGAAAGGGGAGUUCUUUUCGCAUUCUUCACCGGAGUUCUACAGGGCAUAGAUUAAAAUGCUGAUUCCGAGAUACCCUUUAUACGAUCUUACUUGUAGUUUGAACUAAACACUAAUGUUUGUUUGUUUGUUAAUUUUGGAAUGAAUUGAUAGGUUAAAUCUGUUAAUAAAUUGUUAUUCUUACA